AUGCGGCCCUUGCGGAGCCCUGUCUGUAGGUUACUGAAGCUUCAUCUGGCCAUAGCCGUCUCGGUACUCUGCGAGGGCACACGGUCCCCGCUAAGCUGCUGCCUGUAUGCUGUGAAUGAGGGGGGCAUCAAGCAGGCAUCCAACUCCUGUCCUGACCCGGGGGAACCAGAGAACGGCAAGAGGGUGGGCUCCGACUUUAGUAUCGGAGCCACCGUCCAGUUCCUCUGUAAUGAGGACCACGUGCUCCAAGGCUCCAAGACCAUCACCUGUCAGAGGGUGGCCGAGGUGUUCGCUGCCUGGAGUGACCACCGCCCCGUCUGCAAAGUGAAAACAUGCGGCUCUAACCUUCAAGGUCCUUCUGGUACAUUCACUUCGCCCAACUUCCCCAUCCAGUAUGAGUCCAACGCUCAGUGUGUCUGGAUACUCACGGCCACCAACCCCAACAAGGUAAUUCAGAUUAACUUUGAGGAGUUUGACCUGGAGAUUGCCUAUGACACGCUAACCAUCGGUGACGGAGGGGAAGUGGGUGACCCCAAGACAAUACUACAAGUUCUCUCAGGUAGCUUCGUCCCUGACCUCAUAGUCAGCAUGACCCAUCAGAUGUGGCUCCAUCUCCAAUCAGACGAGAGUGUGGGCUCCAUAGGCUUCAAGAUCAACUUUAAAGAGAUUGACAAAGAGAGUUGCGGGGACCCUGGUACGCCCCUCUAUGGGAUAAGGGAAGGAGACAGCUUCUUGAAUGGGGGCAUCCUGCGCUUUGAGUGCCAGUUUGGGUUCGAGCUCAUCGGGGAAAGGACCAUAUCUUGUCAGAACAACAACCAAUGGUCAGCCAACAUCCCCAUGUGCAUCUUCCCAUGCCUGUCCAAUUUCACGGCGCCAAUGGGCACGGUUCUAUCACCGGACUACCCAGAAGGCUACAGCAACAACAUGAACUGCGUGUGGCUGAUCAUAUCAGAGCCCGGCAGUCGCAUCCACCUGGCCUUCAAUGACUUUGACCUGGAGGCACCUUACGACUUCCUCACCGUGAAAGACGGCGAGCUGCUGGACGCCACUGUCCUGGGACGCUUCUCGGGGGCAGAGUCACCCUCCCACCUUGACAGUAAUACUAACAUACUGAGGCUGGAGUUCCAGGCAGACCACUCCAUGGCCGGACGAGGGUUCAACAUCACAUACAGCAGUAGGUUUAACCCUGACAUUGAAUUCUGUGCUGUUCUUUGUUUGUCUUUGUCAGUUUAUUAGGGCUCAGUUCAGUUGAACCCAUGUAGCAGGUAUUGCAUGGCUGCUCUGCCACAAUCCAGGUGAAAAAGAGUUGGGCCCUUGGUUCGUACCAGGUAUAGCUUAUCAUUUUGUGGCACCUUGUGGUGACUUUACUGUAAUGACCAUAGUCCUGUAUAUCUUGUCCUGAUUGGA